AAUCCCGGAAGUGAUGAAUUUUCUCCUCGUGAAUCAGCUGAUCAGGAAACUCGCUGAAUGUUGCAAACACACGAUGUGUUAACCACAAGCAGAUCAAAUAACUUUUUAACAAUGGUUUAUUUAAAGGCGGAAGCACAGGAGGAUGACAGUGAUUACCAGCACAGUCUUUAACGGAUUAAUUUGAGCUAACGUGGUUUUGUUUUUGCAGAAGGCAGGACUGAAUAGUUUUUUGGGUUUUUUUUCACCAGUGGACAUCUGUUCCAAAUUUGUCAGUGAAGCAACAUCAUGGAUCCCUUGGGAGCUCGUUCCCAGUUUGUGGAGGUCCAGAGCCUCUACACAUGGGACCAGCCUCAGGGAGUCCAAGAUGAGGUGGAUGGAGAAAAUCACUCAAGGGAGGAGGAAGACACGCUGACAAAUCAUGUCAACUCCUUAACUUCCCCUUUCCCCUUCAGACAAGACAUCAACAGCAAGAUUGUACUAUUUAAUGGGGAUGUGGCAUCUUUAAACUGCACUGCAAUCGUCAAUACCAGCAAUGAGACCCUAACGGACAAGAACCCUGUUUCAGACAGUAUCCACAGAUAUGCAGGACCUGAACUACGAGAUGAACUACUCAAACUGAAAGGAUGUCGGACCGGUGAAGCAAAAAUGACAGAGGGUUUCAACUUGGCUGCACGUUUUAUCGUUCACACAGUUGGACCCAAAUAUAAAGCCAAGUACCGGACAGCUGCAGAGAGUUCUCUAUACAGCUGUUACAGGAACGUCAUGCAGUUGGCCAAGGAACAUGCCAUGGUGUCUGUGGGUUUGUGUGUGGUCAGCACGGUCAAAAGGGCAUAUCCACUUGAGGACGCCACACAUAUAGCUUUAAGGACUGUUCGUAGAUUUCUAGAGAAUCAUGGUGAAAACAUUGAGACAGUGGUGUUUGCUGUUUCGGAUGUUGAGGAGCCAGUGUACAGGAAGUUAAUGCCGUUGUAUUACCCACGCUCAAAGAAAGAGGAGAGAAUCGUUCUCCCUCUCCUCCCUGCCGACAUUGGCAAUUCUGAGGGUGAGCCCGUAGUCCCAGAGAGACAGAUCCGCAUUGCUGAAAAGCCUGGAAAUCUAGAAGAUGACUCUGGGGACGAUUCACUGGAAUCUGACUUGGGGCUGGUAGGAAGUCAUGCAUUUGCUCGUAUGGAAGGGGAUGUGGAUAAGCAGCGUAAACUCAUCCUUCAGGGCCAAAUUUCAGAAGCAGCUCAGCAGAAACAGCACCAACGGAAUUAUAACCGCUGGCUUUGCAGAGCUCGAGCAGAGGACCUCUCAGACAUAGCAGCAUUAAAGGCACUAUAUCAGACCGGUGUUGAUAUGUGUGGUAGAACGGUCAUGGUUAUUGUCGGCAGGAAUAUUCCAGUUACACUUAUUGAUAUGGAGAAGGCUUUGCUUUAUUUCAUCCACGUGAUGGACCAUAUCACAGUGAAAGAGUACGUGAUGGUGUAUUUCCACACACUCACUGGUGAACACAACCACCUGGACACGGACUUUCUCAAGAAGCUCUAUGACAUUGUGGAAGCCAAGUUUAAGAAAAACCUAAGGGCUUUCUACUUCGUUCACCCGACGUUUCGCUCCAAGGUCUCUACGUGGUUCUUCACUACUUUUAGUGUAUCAGGUCUUAAAGAGAAAGUCCAUCAUAUAGAGAACCUGCAGCAGCUCUUCACCUGCAUCCACCCUGAGCAGAUCGACAUCCCUCCUUUUGUCCUGGAGUAUGACACACGGGUUAAUAGCCCCUAUUACUCGGCUCAGUCCUCAGGCCUGUGAUGGUGGUCAGAUAAACCCAGCUCUGAGGAGUUCGACUGAACCAGCCUUUUCACCGGACAGACUCUCAACCCGAUGAACCCGUGAACUCAAGAUCGAGUGCGUCUCUGCCGUUCCUGACUUGCUACAUUUUCUCUGUGACAGUGAGAGACCAUUGAUCAAUAAUGCUGUAUAAACACAACCUGCUGUGAAACCUGCUGAACGUGCUACCGACUUGUACCAAACCUAAAUGUCAUUGAAGGAACCUCUGGCUUGACCGAAGCUGUUCUUGAACAAGACAUGGGUGGGUGUGUGUGUGGUGUGGAUGAGACUGAAUAAACAUAACAAACAUACAAAACCAAUAUUUUGUACCAAUGUGAAACACAUACCAGUGCCUGCGUAAAUAAUGGCUGGUAAUAGUAGAAACCAUUCUGGUUUUCAUUUCUCAUGUCCUGGCCAAUCAUUUGAAAGCCUUAUUUUGCCAUCUAAAGAGUUGUGUAGUUUCAUUUCAUUCCAUGUCUGCACAGUCACCAGAGGGAGCGGCAUUUCACAUUUAUCGUGAGUCUCUUUUUUUUUCAGUUGCAAGCACUUUUAUCGCUAUUAAACAAACAUCACUACUGAUUCUUGAGCUUUGACUACAAGCAACUUGUUCUUGUGUGAACAGAUGUGAUGUCUGAAAUAUUGCUUUGUGAAGCUCUACAUCCAGGUUGGCCUGUUGAUUUCAGUUACCCUAUUAAUAACAGUAUUUUUCUUCGUUUCCUGUCUAGAUGGUACAUCAGUGUUCUGGUGGGUUCACCACUAAAAACACUUGUGUGUCAGUUUGUAUUUUAUUUGGUGAAGCUGAUUGUCAUGCAUGACCAAAGGAAACUCGUAGCCUGAGUGAUGAUCUCAAAGUGAAGCAUUGUAAAUAGAUAAUUGUAGAUAAUGCAGAUGCUGUUUGCUACUAUUAAUUCUGGUUUGUUUUAGUCAAGCCGUACUAUAGCGGUACAGUAAUUAAUGUGCUUAAUUUUGUACCAUUUUAAAUUAAGUAUGAGGUAUGAAUCAUGAUUAUGAAGAGUUGAAAAUGGAAUAUCAAAAUGUGUUGUAAUUGUUUGUAUGAGUGUCUAUUGAAUUAUUUUCUGUAAAUUGCAUGAUCAGUGUAUUUCUAGAUUGAAAGACGAAAUAUGAAAAUGUGUUUCAAAUAAAAGCAGCCAUGUGUUUUCUAAUGA